CUUGCGGUUACUUUACUUACCGAGCGACAGGGGAAAGGGUCGCAGAUUUACAAACCAAGUGAUAAAAUUUAAGGAGUAGAGUCUCUGUUCUAUGAUUUUUUAGAUAUUGAAAUGUUACUUUGAUUUGGUGAACAUCAGUUACGGACCAUGUUGCUUGCUGUGACAGGAAUUGGACUUUUGAUGUCUUUACAAUGUUUAACAAGAGCUCAACUGUUGUCGGACGGGGGGACGUACUACGGCAAGUUUCCAAGCGACUUUGCGUGGAGCGCGGCGACUGCGGCCUAUCAAAUCGAGGGGGCGUGGAACGAGGACGGUAGAGGGCCAAGCAUUUGGGACACUUACUCGCACGUCAAGGGAAACAUCGAAAACAACGACACGGGAGAUAUAGCCUGUGACAGUUAUCAUAAUUACAUGAGGGAUGUAGAACUCCUCAAAGAAUUAGGGGUUUCCCACUAUAGGUUCUCUAUAUCCUGGUCACGUAUAUACCCCCUGGGGACCACAGAGAUGUUGAACCCUCGAGGAGUGGACUACUACCACAGAUUGAUAGACGCCCUCAAAGACAAUAACAUUGAGCCCAUGGUUACCCUCUACCACUGGGACCUACCCCAGGCUCUGGAAGAUGUCGGCGGGUGGCUAAAUGAGUCCACUGUUGACCAUUUUCAUAACUAUACCGAUCUCUGUUUUAAGGAAUAUGGUGAUAAGGUAAAAAUUUGGAUAACGUUCAACGAGCCUUGGAUAAUAGCCUGGAGAGGAUAUGGCACUGGAGACUUUGCGCCCGGUAAAAAGGAUAGUCCUGGAACUUACCCGUACAUAGCUGGUCAUAACCUUAUAAAAGCUCAUGCCAAGACCUACAGGUCUUAUCACAAGAAUCACAGUGCCCAAAACGGAAAAGUUGGGAUCGUGUUAAACAUCCAUUGGGCACAACCUAAGAACCCGGAUGACGCUAGUCACGUGGAGGCCUCUGAGAGAAUGAUGCAGUUUGACUUCGGAUGGUUUGCCAAUCCGUUAUUUGUGAACGGUUCCUACCCAGGUGUCAUGGUAGACAACGUCGAAAAGAGGAGUAUAGCCCAAGGUUACACAGAAUCAAGACUUCCAAAAUUCACCUCACAAGAACGGCAAGAGAUCAAUGGGUCUGCGGACUUUGUUGGGAUAAACUUCUACACAUCAUCCCGAGUAUUUCCAUCCAAAUUUCCAGUAAAUGACGUAAGCUACGGCACAGACAAAGAAGCAGAUUUUGAUCUGGAUCCAAGCUGGCCAAGGUCUGGAUCGAGUUGGUUGAGGGUCACUCCAUUUGCAAUAAGAAAACAGUUAAAAUGGAUCAAAGAUCGUUAUAACAAUAUUCCAAUGUACAUCACAGAGAAUGGAGUGGCGGAUAGAAAUGGUUCAUUAUUAGACACACAUAGAAUCAGCUAUUAUAGAGCUUACAUCAAUGAAGUACUCAAAGCCAUAAGAUUGGACAGUUGCAACGUGUUGGGAUACACGGCAUGGUCUCUUAUUGACAACUUUGAAUGGAACAGUGGCUAUUCCGAAAAAUUUGGACUAUACCACGUAGAUUUCAAUGAUCCCGGCAGAAAACGCACCCCAAAGGCGUCUGCGAGAUUCUAUAAGCAAAUUAUAGCUGAGAACGGCUUCAGCCACGGAUACACUGGAAUAGGUGGGCGUGGCACUGCCCCUGAGCAUGAGGACGGGAUCUACUACGAUACGUUUCCGGAUGGGUUUGUCUGGAGUUCGGCUACCGCGGCCUAUCAGGUGGAGGGGGCAUGGAACGAGGACGGUAAGGGGCCAAGUAUCUGGGAUGUAAAAGCUCAUGAAAAAGAUUACAUCAACAACAACGAAAACGGUGACGUGGCAUGUGACAGUUACCAUAGAUACAAAGAGGAUGUCCGUCUGCUGAAAGAUUUAGGGGUUUCGCACUACCGUUUCUCCAUCUCCUGGCCUAGAGUAUUUCCUAACGGUACGAAAGAAAGCAAGAACCCUCCAGGGGUCCAGUAUUACCACAACCUGAUUGACGAAUUGAAGAAAGCCGGCAUAGAACCGAUGAUCACCCUGUAUCACUGGGAUCUUCCACAGGCCCUGGAAGAGAGAGAAGGAGGGUGGAUGAACGAGUCCAUUGUUAACCGCUUCCGAAACUACGCGGACUUCUGCUUCAGUGAAUAUGGAAACAAAGUAAAGCUGUGGAUCACCUUUAACGAACCUUGGAUUGUGUCUUGGCUGGGAUACGGCGUGGCGAGUUUCGCUCCGAACAAAUACGGCCCCGGCACUAACACUUAUAUCGUUACACAUAACUUGAUCAAAUCUCACGUGGCAGCGUGGCACGUUUACAAUAACACAUACAGAGCAAAACAAAAGGGGGUUGUUGGAAUCACCCUUAAUGUUGGCUGGGCGGAACCGGAAGACCCGUACAAUCCAGAUCACCUGGAGGCCUCAGAGAGGGACAUACUGUUUAACUUUGGUUGGUUCGCAAAUCCAGUAGUAUAUGGCAACUAUCCCCAAGUUAUGAUCGACAGAAUUCAACAGAAAAGUAAUAUUCAGAAUCUGAAUGUUAGCAGACUCCCGGUGUUUUCCAAACAAGAACAAGAAAACAUGAAAGGAGCUACAGACUUUCUGGGUUUAAACUUUUAUACGUCCAGCAUCGUUUAUCCGAAAGACGACCGGACCGACAUCAGCUAUGACGCCGACAAAGGAACCGCGGCAAAGUCGGAUCCUACCUGGAUAGGAUCUGGUUCAGGCUGGCUGAAGGUAACUCCUUUUGGGCUUCGCAAGAUGCUGAACUGGAUAAAAAAUCAUUACAACAACAUGCCAGUAUACGUCACCGAAAAUGGAAUAUCGGAUAAAAACGGUUCUCUGACGGAUUACCAUAGAAUCCAUUAUUAUAGAACCUACAUCAAUGAAAUGCUUAAGGCCGUAAAGUUAGAUAGAUGUAACGUCAAGGGAUAUACUGCCUGGUCUUUGAUGGACAAUUUGGAGUGGAGAGCGGGAUAUUCGGAACGCUUCGGACUUCAUUACGUCAAUUUUAACGAUAAAAAUAGAACAAGGACACCAAAAGCAUCAGCUAAAUUUUACAAGCAGCUGAUCACUGAAAAUGGAUUCAAACCGGGCUACUCUAGCAUUGGUGGUAGAGGGACGGCGCCAGCUUUAGAACAGGAGUUCUUCUACGAUACGUUUCCCGACGACUUUGUCUGGAGUACAGCUACGGCUUCUUAUCAAGUGGAGGGGGCUUGGAACGAAGACGGUCGAGGUCCAAGUAUCUGGGAUACCUUUGCCCAUACGCCAAACAUCAUGGACAACAAUGCUACAGGUGACGUGGCUUGUGACAGCUAUCAUAAAUAUGAAGAGGACGUAGCGCUUCUUAGAAACCUUGGGGUAUCCCACUACAGAUUUUCUAUAUCUUGGUCGCGAGUACUUCCGGACGGAACAACGAAAUACGUGAAUGAGUUAGGUGUUGAGUAUUAUAAUAAUCUAAUUAAUGAGCUGCUGAGGAACAACAUCCAGCCCAUGGUGACCCUCUAUCACUGGGAUCUACCGCAGGCCCUUGAGGACAAAGGAGGCUGGUUGAAUGAGACCAUGGUGGAGUAUUUCCAAGAGUAUGCCGAAUUUUGUUUUCAAAGAUUCGGGGAUAGAGUUAAGUUAUGGAUAUCCUUCAAUGAGCCCUGGAUAGUCUCCUGGUUGGGAUAUGGUGUCUCAUCAUUUGCCCCAGCGAAAUGGGGUCCCGGCACCAACACUUACAUCGUGUCGCAUAACAUCAUCAAAGCGCACGCGAAAUCAUUCCACACUUAUAACGAUACAUACAGGAGUACUCAAAACGGUCAGUUUGGAAUUACGUUGAACGUUGGAUGGUCCGAACCGGAUGACCCGUUUAAUCCGGAUCACUUGAAGGCUUCAGAGAGGGCGCUGCAGUUCGACUUUGGUUGGUUCGCUCAUCCCAUAGUCAUAAAUGGGAACUACCCGCAAGUGAUGAUAGACAAAGUAGCAUACAAAAGCAAAGUGCAGAACUUUUCAGAAUCUAGAUUAACACCUUUUACUGAGGAUGAACAACGCAUGAUCAAAGGGACGACGGACUUUUUAGGGCUAAACUUCUACACAUCAUCUGUUGUUUACCCGGAGGAUAAAGGGUUCACCGACAUCAGCUAUGAUGCAGACAAAGAUGUAGGAGGGAGGCAGGAAUCCAGCUGGCUGGGGUCUGGUUCAGGUUGGCUCAAAGUAACUCCAUUUGGUUUAAGAAAAGUAUUGAACUGGAUUAAAAACACCUACAGUAAUAUGCCAGUGUAUGUAACGGAAAACGGCGUCUCAGACAGGAAUGGCUCCCUCGUGGACUACCAUAGAAUUCACUUCUACAGAUCGUACAUAAAUGAAAUGUUAAAAGCUGUGAAACUAGAUAAAUGUAACGUAAAGGGAUACACAGCUUGGUCUCUCAUGGAUAAUCUGGAAUGGCGGGCGGGAUACUCGGAGAAAUUCGGCCUGCAUUAUGUCAAUUUCAGCGACCCGAACAGGCCACGCACAGGAAAGCUGUCCGCUGAAUUUUUCCGGCAUGUCGUAAAAGAUCAUGGAUUCCUCCAAGAUUCAUUGACCUCUCCAGGAAAUGGUAAUAAACUCGGAGCUUACAGAGAAUUGAAGAUUGCGGAUGACUUUUACCUUGGACAUUUUCCGAAAGAUUUUAUGUGGGGUGUGGCGACUUCCGCUUGGCAAAUAGAAGGAGGAAGGCAUGCAGAUGGCAAGGGAGUCAGUGUAUUUGAUUAUGCACUGGAAGAGGGAAUGAAACGGAAUAUUUCAUCUGAAAUUGACUGGCCAAACAAUGCAUGCGAUAGUUAUAAUAAAUAUCUGGAUGACGUCAGCUUGCUGAGGCAGAUGAAAGUAUCUCACUACCGAUUUUCUAUAUCUUGGAGCCGUAUUUUACCGGACGGAACAACGGACAAAGUAAAUCAUGCCGGAAUUGAAUAUUACAACAACUUGAUUGAUGCUCUGGUGGAUGCAGGAAUCGUUCCCAUGGUUACUAUGUACCAAUCAGAUUUACCUAUGAAUUUCUAUUCUAAUGGAGGUUGGGCGAAUGACAGCAUGAUAGAACAUUUUGAGAGAUAUGCAGCCAUUCUGUUCCGCGAAUAUGGCGACCGUGUGAAGCAUUGGGUUACUAUCAACGACCCGUACAGUGAGUCGGAGAUCAGUCGGGAACCUUACAAAGCAGCACACAACCUCAUCAGAGCGCACGCCCGAGUGUACCGCCUCUAUGACAAAGAUUACCGACCAAAGCAAAAAGGAAAAAUUGGCAUAUCUCUGCAGAGUAGUUGGUUCGAACCAAAGCGACCAACCCACCCAGGAGACAUAGCCGCACACAAACGGAGAACUGAACACACCUUAGGCUUAUUUGCAUACCCAAUCUUUGUCAGUGGAGAUUAUUCUCCAAUGCUUAGAAAUAUGACCGAGAAAAAUGUAUCUAAACCAGGAACCAUCCUACCUUUGUUUACAGAAUAUGAAAAAUCUGUGAUCAAAGGUUCUGCCGACUUUUUUGGACUUAAUUUCUACUCCACAUACUACAUUUCCGAAUCCAGUGAAAUAGAGAGGGGUUUUGCUGUCCAUACAGACUCUGUCAAAUCUGUCGACUCCUCAUGGAAAACGACCACAUUUGGAAACUAUGGAGCUGCUCAAUAUGGUCUUCGCAAAAUGCUUAAUUGGAUCAAAGACAACUAUUAUAACAUUCCAGUUUACGUCACAGAAAAUGGGUACCCGGAUGAUACGGGCACUUUGAACGAUUUUUCAAGAGUAGAAGUGCUUUUUGGGUAUAUAAGUGAAGUUCUAAAAGCCAUUAAACUAGACGACUGUAAUGUCAUGGGAUACACUGUUUGGUCUCUGAUGGAUGGCAUUGAAUGGAAAUUCGGUUCCAAAGCUAAAUUCGGGCUGUACCAUGUAGAUUUCAAUGACCCCCAACUCCCUAGGACGGCCAAAUUGUCUGCCAAGAUUUACUCGCAGAUAAUUGACCAGAAUGGGAUAAUUAGUGAUAUCAGAAAUAUCACAACGACUGACGUCAGUGGCAUCAAAGAGAACGACCCAUAUAGAGCACUGAAGUACGAGGAUGAGAUGUACUAUGGAAAGUUUCCUGCAGGGUUUGCGUGGAGCUCGGCUACUGCAUCCUACCAAGUCGAGGGGGCAUGGAAUGAAGAUGGAAAGGGUCUUAGUAUUUGGGAUGUGUAUUCUCAUGCUGGACACAUCGACAACAACCAGACAGGAGAUGUGGCGUGUGAUAGUUACCACAAGUACCUGGAAGAUGUUCAACUUAUCAAGAACUUGAAGACAACUCACUACAGAUUUUCGAUUUCCUGGCCACGGAUUUUACCAGAUGGAACAACCGACAAUGUCAACUUUCUCGGCAUUCAAUAUUACAACAAUUUGAUUGACGCCCUCAUUGACGCUGGUAUUGUUCCCAUGGUAACAUUAUAUCACUGGGAUCUUCCUCAAGCGCUGAUGAAAAAUGGAGGCUGGCAAGACGAGAAAACCUCAGAUCUUUUUGCGGAAUACGCUAGACUUUGUUUUACUCUCUUUGGCGACAGAGUGAAAUUUUGGAUCACUUUAAAUGAGCCAUGGGUUGUGUCGGUUCUUGGUUAUGAAAAUGGCGAAAUGGCACCUGGAAUAAAAGGAAAAGGAGAUCAUUUAUAUAUUGUUGCGCAUAACCUUAUCAAAGCCCAUGCAAAAGCGUACAGACUGUAUGAAAAGGAAUUCAAAAGUAGUCAGAAAGGUGUGGUUGGAAUAACCCUCAACACUGAUUGGAUAUUCCCUCAAAACGCCAGCGAUCCCUUGGACAUGGCCGCGGCAGAUAGAUCGGUGAACUUUAUGUUUGGUUGGUUCCUCAAUCCAGUGAUGAAGGGCGAUUACCCGGAUGUUAUGAAGAAACAAAUCGACAGAAAAAGCCAGGAAGAAAAUCUUGUCAAAAGUCGUCUGCCUGUGUUUACUGAGAGAGAGAAAAAUUUCAUCAGAGGAACUUACGAUUUCCUAGGAAUGAAUUUCUACACCUCAAACGUAGCAACACACAAGGUGCAACCUGGUCAGGGUUACUUCACAGACGCGGACGUGGAAACCUACAAAGACCCGUCGUGGCUCGGAUCGGGCUCAACCUGGUUGAAAGUCACACCUGUCGGAAUUCGGCGGAUGUUGAAUUGGGUGAAAUACACAUACGGGGACUUUCCAAUAUACAUAACAGAAAAUGGAGUUUCAGAUAGGAAUGGAUCGCUUCAGGAUGACCACAGAAUAUCAUAUUAUAGGCAAUAUAUCAAUAAUGUCUUAAAAGCAAUACGGUUGGAUGAUAUUAACGUAAAAGGAUACACUGCUUGGUCACUGAUGGACAACUUCGAAUGGGCCAGGGGGUAUUCGGAACGCUUCGGUCUUCAUUAUGUCGAUUUCAAUGAACCCGAAAAACCAAGAAUCCCCAAAGCAAGUGCUGUCUUUUACAAGAAGAUCAUCACUGACAACGGAUUUGUAAAAGAGGACACGACAACGUCGCCGAGUUCCUCCGUAUCUUUUCCUGAAAACGAUCCUUACCGAGAGCUGAGUUAUGAAGAUGAGAUGUAUUACGGGAGGUUUCCCUCAGACUUUGCCUGGAGCUCAGCGACCGCUGCAUACCAAAUAGAGGGUGCUUGGAAUGAAGAUGGAAAGGGCCUGGGAAUCUGGGACGUCUUCUCCCACCAGGUCGGUAAUGUAGACAACAAUGACUCGGGUGAUGUGGCUUGUGACAGUUACCAUAAAUACCUGGAGGAUGUCCAGCUCAUCAAAAACUUAAAGACAACACAUUAUAGAUUUUCAAUCUCAUGGCCACGAAUUUUACCAGACGGAACAACUAAAACAAUAAACCGCCUUGGAAUCCAAUAUUAUAACAACCUUAUAGAUGCUUUGAUAGACGCUGAAAUAGUUCCCAUGGUAACCCUCUACCACUGGGACCUUCCACAAGCUCUGAUGAAAUAUGGCGGUUGGCAAGGAGAGCAAACUGCAGAGUUAUUCGCUGAAUACGCCAGACUCUGCUUCACAAUGUUUGGAGACCGGGUUAAGUAUUGGAUUACGUUAAAUGAGCCAUUUGUAGUCUCAAACCAUGGUUACGAAAUCGGGGUCAUGGCUCCUGGAUUGAAAGGAAAGGGAGAUCGAAUAUAUGCUUCAGGACAUAACCUCAUUAAAGCCCAUGCAAAGGCCUACAGAAUCUACGAAAAGGACUUCAAGAGUACCCAGAAAGGUAUGGUCGGUAUCACACUGAACACUGAUUGGCAGGUUCCAAAAAAUCCCAACGAUUCAAAAGACAAAGCUGCAUCUGAUCGAGCGAUCAACUUCAUGUUCGGCUGGUUCCUCAAUCCGGUUAUUAGGGGAGAUUAUCCAGAUGUCAUGAAAGAGCAAGUUGACAGAAAAAGCAAGGAGCAAGGGUUCACAACCAGCAGGCUUUCUUCUUUUACUCCAAACGAAAAGCUUAACAUUAAAGGAACUUUUGACUUCUUGGGAAUGAAUUUCUACACGUCAAACCUUGUUCGAAGUAUCAACGCAACGGAACAAAGUUAUAUAGGCGACCAAGAUGCUGAAUUUACAAAAGAUCCCUCAUGGCUUGGUUCUGGUUCAGACUGGUUAAAGGUGACGCCGGUCGGAAUUCGAAGAAUGUUGAACUGGGUGAAGUUCACAUAUGGGGACUUUCCGAUUUACAUAACAGAGAAUGGGGUAUCUGAUCGAAAUGGUUCUCUACAAGAUAAUCACAGAAUAUUUUACUACAAGCACUACAUCAAUAAUGUUUUCAAAGCUAUGCAGUUAGAUGGUGUCAACGUAAAAGGAUACACUGCUUGGUCAUUGAUGGACAAUUUUGAAUGGGCGCGAGGUUAUUCGGAACGCUUCGGGCUUCACUAUGUCAACUUCUCCGAUCCUAGAAGACCUCGGACUCCGAAAGCCAGCGCGCGUUACUUUACCAAACUAAUAACAGAUAAUGGUUUCGUCAAAGAGGGCCCAGCCGUCCCCUCUACCCCUGGUACUUCCGCGCCUAACCCCACGACACCGGCUGUACAGGUGAACGUGUGCAAGCCUACAUCCUCGGCUUCAUCUAUAGUCGGGAGUCUUCUACCUUUAUAUACCUCUGUAGUUUUAUUCAUUUUAUUGGGAUCAACAGAGACUUUUAGCUGAAUUCCUACUAACUAAAUGCAAUAAUACCAUACUAUACAUGCAUAUUUUUUUUCAAUCGUAAACAUAUAGAAAGGUUAUAAUAUACUCCAUGUAAUAUAUGUGACAAGACUAUUUUUUAUCGUGAUUAUAAUAUGAACGUGUACAAUGCGUUUCAAAUUUCAUGAAGGACAGGUGAGAUUUAUGAUCACAUUUAAUUACUAAUUUUUGUGAUGAAAGUUUUUUUCAAAAUUAAAUCCAGAAAAAUCUACAUCUUUCUAACCUAUCAAUGAUUUUAUAAUACAUUGUACAGCAGACGAAUUAUUAACAUAUAUAUAUAAUCAUGAUGGUGUCAUACAGUAAGGUGAAAAUAUUUCACGUUUAAUUUUAAGCCAAAGAGUGUAAAUUUAGAUACUUUUUAUUACAUGUAUAUAGUGUAGAUAUGAUUCACAGAUUUUAUAACUUUUAUGAUGUAUAUGUGUGAUCAUCUUUGGACACAAGUAUACCGUUAACUUCUAUAAUUAGAAUAAAUGUAUGUUUAUAAAAACAUAAACGGUGUACGGUGUUAUAUAAGUUGCCUUAUUUGAUAAAUGUUUUGCAAGCUACGUGGUUUUUUUCUCUUGCCACAAAUGUUGCUUGUGUUUAUUUCGUGUA